UAAAUUAUGAUAUAUCCCAUUUAAUCUUUUCUCACACCUCUUCCUAGUUUUCUAUAAAUAUUACAUUAACCUCUCUAACCCUACUCCACAUUCAAAUAUAUACAAACAAACAUAAUAAUAUUUGUUGCUACCAAACAUUUCAAGCACCGAACAUUCAGGUGAACGGACAUAAACAUAAACAUAACAAUCUUAAUAUUUUCUUUCUUUUAAGUUCAAAAGGUUAUAUUACGUGAUCAUGGGAAGUACAACUACAAACGUCUCUAACAAUGAACAACCUAAUGUAAAGAGAGGAGAACCGAUUCGAGUUCAACCGGCAGAAGAAACAGAAAAAGGACUAUAUUUUCUUUCGAAUCUCGACCAGAAUAUCGCGGUUCCAAUGCGAACGAUUUAUUGCUUUAAAUCAGAAACUAGAGGGAAUGAAGAAGCUGGACAAGUUAUUAAGGAUGCUUUGUCGAAGAUUCUUGUUCCUUAUUAUCCUAUGGCGGGGAAAUUGGUUAUAAGCUCAGAAGGGAAGUUGAUAGUUGAUAAUACAGGAGAAGGUGCAGUUUUUGUUGAGGCUGAAGCUGAUUGUGGUGUAGAUGAGAUUGGUGAUUUGAGAAAACCAGAUCCUGAUAAGCUUGGGAAAUUGGUUUAUGAUGUUCCAGAUGCUAAGAGUAUAUUGGAGAUGCCUCCUAUGACUGUUCAGGUGACAAAGUUCAAAUGUGGAGGAUUCACAUUAGGACUCAACAUGAUCCAUUGCAUGAAAGAUGGACUAUCUGCCAUGGAGUUUGUCAAUGCAUGGGCUCAAACAGCAAGAGGUUUAGAAUUAAAACUCCCCCCAUUUCUCGAUCGAACCAUUCUCAAAUCACGCAACCCUCCAAAAAUCGAGUUCCACCACCACGAAUUCGACGAAAUUGAAGACCUCUCAAACACCAAAAAAACCUACCAAGACGAAAAAAUCAUCCACAAAUCCUUCCUUUUCGACCCCGAGAAACUCGACUCACUCAAGAAAAAGGCCACGGAAGACGGAGUUUUGAAAAAAUGUUCAACUUUCGAAGCACUCUCGGCUUUCGUAUGGCGAUCAAGAACUUCGGCCUUAAAAAUGCAUCCUAAUCAACAAACUAAACUUCUCUUCGCGGUCGACGGACGGUCGAGAUUCGUCCCGCCGAUACCAAAGGGAUACUUUGGUAAUUCCAUUGUGCUAACAAACUCUAUGUGCAAAGCAGAUGAGUUACUGAAUAACCCUUUUUCAUUUUCAGUUGGAUUGGUUCACAAUGCAAUUGAUAUGAUCAAUGAUAAUUACAUGAGAUCUGCUAUUGAUUAUUUCGAAGUUACAAGAGCUAGACCUUCUUUAACAGCAACACUUUUGAUCACAACUUGGACUAAAUUGUCUUUUGACACAACUGAUUUUGGUUGGGGUGAACCACUUUGUUCUGGUCCUGUUACAUUGCCAGAUAAAGAAGUUGUUUUGUUCUUGUCACAUGGUCAAGAAAAGAAAAGUAUAAGUGUUCUUCUUGGUUUGCCUGCUUCUGCUAUGGAACGUUUUGAAGAAUUGGUGAUUAAUAUGGUAUGAAAAUUCAUUUUUCAUAUAGCAUAUACUGCAUACAUAUAUAUACCUAUAUAUGUUUUAUGUAUAAACAAUUUGCUAAGAUAUUGAAGUGUUUUCUGAAAUUUGUAAUAAAAGUGUUGAGUAUAUAUAAUGAGUUGUAUGUGUCAUGGGAAGCUCAAAUGCUAUUCUUGUUUCAUACAAUUGUAUUUUUAUACUGAAAAUGUAAGGUAGUAACAUUUUUUGUAUGGUACCAUACGAGGAAGAACGAUAAAGAAA